AUGUUGUCUCUUCGAUCCAUCAUGACGAUUCUAUGUCUUCUGGCAAUGCAGCCCAUGGCUAUGCCUUGUUUGAUGAGUGCAAGCUACACUCGUCCAUCCGUUCAAGUCUCCAGAUUCUGGGCCAACGAAAACCUUGUUUCCACUGUUGACUUUGUUGGAACCACCGUGGAAAUGGGAUCCACUAUUGACAUCCCUUCUUUCUCCCUUGUGGUGUCCAUCCGACCAAUCAGCUACGAACCGAUCAGGGCUUUCGCACAAGUCUUCAAGAAGAAAUACGUAACCUUCACCCAAGAAGUGUCGGUUGCCAUUUCUAACUGUUUCGAGCUCUUUAGUGAAAAGUUCGAGGCACACCACCAAUCCGUUGACUACGAGUCCAUCAGCGUUUCCGCACAAGACGUCAAGAAGAAGUACGAAUCCUUCACCCAAGCAUUUUCGAAUGCCAUGUCUGCCAAGUUCGAGCUCUUGAGUGAGAAGUUCGAGGCACACCACCAAUCCAUUGACUACGAGUCCAUCAAUGUUUUCGUACAAGACGUCAAGAAGAAGUACCGAUCCUUCACCCAAGCAUUUUCGAAUGCCAUGUCUGCCAAGUUCGAGCUCUUUAGUGAGAAGUUCGAGGCACACCACCAAUCCAUUGACUACGAGUCCAUCAAUGUUUUCGUACAAGACGUCAAGAAGAAGUACCGAUCCUUCACCCAAGCAUUUUCGAAUGCCAUGUCUGCCAAGUUCGAGCUCUUUAGUGAAAAGUUCGAGGCACACCACCAAUCCGUUGACUACGAGUCCAUCAGCGUUUCCGCACAAGACGUCAAGAAGAAGUACGAAUCCUUCACCCAAGCAUUUUCGAAUGCCAUGUCUGCCAAGUUCGAGCUCUUGAGUGAGAAGUUCGAGGCACACCACCAAUCCAUUGACUACGAGUCCAUCAAUGUUUUCGUACAAGACGUCAAGAAGAAGUACCGAUCCUUCACCCAAGCAUUUUCGAAUGCCAUGUCUGCCAAGUUCGAGCUCUUUAGUGAGAAGUUCGAGGCACACCACCAAUCCAUUGACUACGAGUCCAUCAAUGUUUUCGUACAAGACGUCAAGAAGAAGUACCGAUCCUUCACCCAAGCAUUUUCGAAUGCCAUGUCUGCCAAGUUCGAGCUCUUUAGUGAAAAGUUCGAGGCACACCACCAAUCCGUUGACUACGAGUCCAUCAGCGUUUCCGCACAAGACGUCAAGAAGAAGUACGAAUCCUUCACCCAAGCAUUUUCGAAUGCCAUGUCUGCCAAGUUCGAGCUCUUUAGUGAGAAGUUCGAGGCACACCACCAAUCCAUUGACUACGAGUCCAUCGAUGUUUUCGUACAAGACGUCAAGAAGAAGUACCGAUCCUUCACCCAAGCAUUGUCGAAUGCCAUGUCUGCCAAGUUCGAGCUCGUUAGUGAGAAGUUCGAGGCACACCACCAAUCCGUUGACUACGAGUCCAUCAAUGUUUCCGCACAAGACGUCAAGAAGAAGUACCGAUCCUUCACCCAAGCAUUUUCGAAUGCCAUGUCUGCCAAGUUCGAGCUCGUUAGUGAGAAGUUCCAGGCACAGAUCUGCUGUUGGGAAUGUGGUUAUUUGGCUGUGAUGCAGAUACGGAAGCUAAGCUGA